AUGUUCUCCGCGGUGCGCCAUCCGGGCCACGCCUCUCGCACGUCUUCUCGCCCCUCUGGCCGUCGCUCGCUCUCGCGUUCGUCUUCGUCGACUACGCCCUCGGUUUCGGUCCCCCUUCCUCUUUCGCCUGCAGGCGCAGCUAGACGCGCCGUCGUCGGCCUCAGGAACUUCGGCAACACGUGCUACUGUAACGCCCCUCUGCAGGUGCUAUUCUCUUGUCGGCAGUUCUGCGAGUACUUCCUCGCGCGUCUGAAUCCUCGGAAAGAUGUCAAUCCCUUCUCGCCCUACAGAGGCCGCCUGGUCGAGGCGUGGGUCUCGCUGCUGCGCCAGAUUUACGGCAGUGGCUGUGGGGACUCCGACGGCGACAGCUCGGACGACCUCAGAAGUCGCCCCGAAGCUGGACACGAGCGGCGCUCUGGGCUCCGCUGUUCGCGCUACAGGCAAGGCGCCUCUCUGGUGAGUCACCGAGGAUCCGCGCAGGCCGACACUUUCGCUCGGACCGACUCUGGCAGCCGAGCAGCAAGUAGGCCCCGGGGGGCGUUGCUGGGCGGCGAGGGCCCUGCCUCGUCAGCGCUCGCGGGAGGUGCGAGUCGCAGCUGUCUCCGGCUCCUGGAGCUCCUGCGCCGCCAGCACGCGCAGUUCGCGGAGUUCCAACAGUGCGACGCCCACGAGUUUCUCCGCACGCUUCUGGACGGUCUGUCGGCCGAGUGUAACCGGGCGGCCUGGAAGGCCGGCGGGGCGCAUGCAUCUGCUGCGGGGCGAGACAGGCCCUCUGCAGCCGUGCACCUCGCAGACUCCCUCGAAGACAUCAAGGGCGAAGACCCGGCGCGAACGAGCGAGCGAUUCUGGGCCGUCAACUUGGCACGCGAAAGCUCGGUGGUCACAGACCUCUUUGCCGGCCAGCUGGUGACUCGGAUCGAGUGCGAGGAAUGCAAGCAAAAGCGACACCGCUUCGACGCGUUUCUCGACCUCUCUCUCGAAUUCCCGCCCAGCGACUGGCCCGACUCACAGGCCGCUGCGCUCGCCUCCGGCGGCACCUGCCGACUGCAGGACAUGCUCAAGUAUGCAUUCGGCGGAGAGUUGUUUGAUCGACAGUCCCUCGACUGUCCCUUUUGUGGGGUGCGCUGCACGGCGCGUGUCCGCCGCUCACUCUGGCGCCUGCCCUCGGAGUAUCUGGUUGUCCACAUCAAGCGUUUCGCGUGGGAUCCGCGUCACGAGGAAAUGCGGCGAGUCGACACGCGUCUCAAGGUGACGCAGGAGCUGAACAUGUCGCCAUACUGCCGAUUUUCCGAGCAUGCAUCGGUGAAAAAUGCGGUGUUCAAACUCGAGGGCGUCGUCUCGCAACUUGGCACUGCAUACAGCGGCCACUACACAGCCCUGGCCGUCACGGGAGGGGACAGGUGGACUUACUUCAGCGACGACUACGUGAGCGCUUGCGAAUUUUCUCCGGACCCUCGCGGCGUCUAUCUGCUUGUCUUUCGUCGGGUUAUCAGUCUUGAAGCAGGCUCGGAGCUGGCGAAUCUUUCGCAUGCCUCAUCGCUUUCUGUGCGGCCUCGCGACUUUUCGCGGCCUCGCCGGGGUGCCGGGGAGGGCGGCGCACCUGGACUGGCGGCGGUCCGUCCACGUUUGUCUCAGGCACAGGUGGGCAGAGGGGACAGCUACGACGCCAGACGGCGACGGAGCUCGAGCAGCCUCGAGAGCGCCCGCGCGCGCCAUGCUCUCGCCGCUUCCUGGGACGCAGCCGGCCCCUCAGACGGCCGAAGGCUGCGAGAAGUUCUCUGGGCAAGCGCGAGAGAGCGCGAGGGGACUUGCGGGGCGAACGAGCGGCGAGAGACAGAGACACGAGAAGGCGGAGACCGGGUCCGCGAAGAGGAAAGCGCUCGGCUGUCGCUCCCGUCUCGGAGCGGCCGCCUUUCGAAAAGGUGGUCUCGACGCGCGAGCGAGGCCGAAAUCGCGUAUUCGUCUUCCGGCUCGCCGUCCGACAGCGACGGACUUCGGCGACGAGCAGCCGGACUCCGGCACAGGUUGACGCUGCGGUGGAGACGCGAAAGAGCGACAGAGGAGCCGAAGCGGGAAGAAGCCUUCCCGAGCGAUCGCCACCCCUUUACAGAUCUCGAGUUGGGCGAAGUCGGAGAGCGCCUCUCCCACGUGUCUCUCCACCUUUCAGGUGGAGAGUCUCUUUCUGGGAGGGCCUUGUCUCACGCCAUGGAUGCACACCUCUCCCGGAAUGGCGGCUUUUGCAUUUCCCAGGGAGAGUGCGUGAAUCCGCUCCACUUGAAGGUCGUUCACGCGUCCUCGCGGUCCCUUUCUGACUUCUCCGACCAAACCACGGCUGCCGCCGAACCUGCGGCCUCGCCCUUCGCGCUGUUCCCCGCGCAGUCGCCGCUCAACUGCACGGCGUCGCACCGCCUGGAUUCCUCCUCUCCGGCUCCAGAAGGCAGUUGCAGCCGCGGAGGUGCGCCUUCCUCGGGCGACGAACGCGGGUCUGCCUCGGCGAGCACCGGCACGUCGUUCUCAUCUUCAACUGCGUCGUCACCGUCGUCUUCGCCUUCCUCCGCGCGGCACUGGCUUCACGCGAAGACCGCUUCAGACAAACUCGCCGCUUCCUCGCAGCUCUUUCGGCGCAGUUGCGGGGUGCUGGCGUCCCUGGCAGCUGCGAAAAGCGGCGCGGGCGGGCGCGGGGAAACCUGUGACCCGGGGAGGGGUCCAGCCCACUCCCGGCCUGUCUCCUCGCCGCCCGCGGCGGUCUCCGCAGGCGCCAGUGGGGCGCCGGGGCCGGACGGCCCACGAGGCGACGGCGCGAGAAGUGCUGUCCAGGCGCAGAAGGCGAAAGAGAAGGGGGACGGCACGCCGAGAUUUGCCUUUUAUUCGGGGCGACGCGUGCGAGCCGGCCGCACCGAGGACGCGUCUUCCGCCAGUCGGGGCGGAGAGAGAAACAACCCGAGCACAGCGGAAAGCGAGGACGAAGACGCGGUGGAGGGCACCUCGUUUCCCUCUCUUUGGAGAGCUCGAGAGCGCGGGAAAGAGCCACCCCGGCGAGGCGCGGCUUCUGAGGACGCGCGCCUCCGAGCGGAGCCGGAGACUUGGGCAAGGCAGCGGAAAACGCCUCGCAAAUCUUCGGCGCGUCCAGCUGGCGUCCAGGACCUCAUGAGUCGUCCGACGCUCCUCACCGGCAUGCGCCGGAUUGCGAGGCGCAGCAACUCUUCCGGGCGGUCUGGCGGCUUGUCGUCUGCGCAGGGGGCGCUGAAGCGCGGCGAUACGCGGGACGGAAGCGGCCGAGGAGACCGAGAGGCAGAGCCCGCAGAGCACCUCACAGGAGCGAAGGGACGAGGGGACAGCAUAUUCGCUUCCGAGUUGGGCGGCGCUUCGUCCCCACUGGCUCUGUAUCCAUCCGCAAGUUCCUCUUUGGGAUCUCUGACGGGGCAGUACAGCGGAGCGGCGUGCGCCUUGGCGCGGCGGAGCCUCUCGUCGCUGCUGCGGGGCAGUAGCUCUGGCUCUCCGUCGCCUUUCUCGACUUCGGGCGUCGUGACUUCGUCGCCAGCGGCGUCGGCGGCAGCCGGAGACAGAGGCGUGGCUGGAGACGUGUACGGACAGCAUCCCGGACAGGGAGAAGACGGAGACGGCGCUUCCGAGGAGAAGCGCGCAACAAGCCAAGCGGCUCGGCGGGCCGACGGGGACGCCGCGCGGAAAUCGCGGUCGCGGGGGCCUCUCGCGGCUCUACGGUCGGCUGCGGCCGUCGCCUCGGGGGCCUUCUCGCGGGCGAAGGCGAAGGACGAAGAGACAGGGCGGGGCGAGGCGCCCACCAAGCAGAAGUGUAAGGCGAAGAAGAGAGAGGGAGACGAGACAGCUGCGGCUUGCCAGGAAAUCAACGGCGAACGCGGGGGCAGCCGGAUGCUCGAGGGCGCGGGCCGCCUGGGUGAAGGUAAGGAAGAAAGCGGGCACAAGUGGGACAGAGGGAGGCACGAGAGAAACACGGUUGAAAAUGCGCCUCUCACAACUCUAGAAGCGCCAAACACAGGCAGGGGCGGGGUCGCCUCGGCCCCCCGCGAACCCUUGCCCGUCUGUUCCCGGUCGGAAGGUCCACCAGGAGGCCGGGCUGCCGCGACUACGGAUGCCACGUCGAAGACGGCCUCUUCGUCCCACGCAAGUGGAGCCCAACUGGCGACCGCGACGACCGCGGUCGCAGAGACACCUGCCCGCGAGGUCGUGGUCCCGGCGCUGUGCCAGCUGUCGGAGAAGUCCCUGUCUCCGCCGCGCAUCACCCUCGUCACGCCGCCUGUGUCUCCGCAGGCCUCGUGUCCGAUCUCGAGUGUGCCGUCGCCGCCCUCGCCGUUGCUCGAAGCUUCGCUUGCGCGUCGCGGGUCGGCGGCGUCCACAGCCUCUUCGCCCACGGGGGCUCCAUCAGCCUGCGCCCACUGCGACCAAAGCGGUUCCGGGCGGUGUCCAGCUUCUUCCGCGUGUUCGUCCUGCGUUCCGGGAGCGGUUUCGGCGGGCGUCGCCGCUCCUCUCGCCCCCUCUUGUCUGGGGCUGGUGGGGCCGCUCGUCUCUUUGGCCGAGAAAACUCCGGGGGUGGCUCGAGAGGCGAGUGCAGGGAGAAAGAGGGAGAAGCGGCGAGAAGCGACUGAGGCGGGAGACACCGUCUCUCGCCUCUCUUCCGUUUCGCUGAAAAAUGCCUCGACUCCAGUGUUUCCCAUCUGCUCGAUGCCGCGCAGUCGACGCGCGUCUGUCACGAACGCGAGUGCGAGCACGGCGAGCAGCGCCGCGGCGACUUCGGUUUCGGAAAACCCCGCGGGGCCGCAGGCGUCCGUUCCCGCCUUUUCUCUCGACACACAGGCUGACGCGUUCUCGCCGUCUACGUGUCCGCACCGCCGCACGUUCUCGCCGACGCCGCGUCUUUUUCAGAAAGAUGCGUCUUUCGCAUCGCCAAACGUGUCCGCGCGGACAUCUGGACCCUCCGCGGAGUCGACGGGGCAGUUCGCGAGGAUUGGGGAGGGACGCGGCCACUGCACACACAGACGAGAAGAGAAAAGAAGGAAUGCGCGAGAGACCAGUCUCUGGAGCGCUCGUGCUGUGUCAGGUUUGUCUUCGUUCGCAGGUGUCGCGGGAGAGUCACAAGACGGGACAGGGCGAGAAGCGGAGCAGGAAGCCCGCGAGAACGACGACACACACGAGAGCGAGUGGGUCGGAAGAGAAAGGGAAGAGAAAGGUUUGCAAGGGGACGCGCGCCGACGGGCCGGGAGAAGGCAGGAGGACUGGAAGGGGCCGGAAGGCCGGGAUGUCGCGUGCGCGCGGUGUGACGAGAUCGACGCGUCGGGCUUCUGGCGGUGCUCUCCGCAGUCGCGGUCUCCCACAGAUUCACUUCUCCACGGAGAGCGGCGAAGCGUGUCGAGGCGCGAGGCCACCAGGCUCCUCACAACGGACAGCUCAGGCGCUUCGUCUUCUUCGGUUUCGUCCUUCGGCGCUUUUCCUCGCGGAUCCCCGGGGCGUGCUUCCGACUGGGCAGCGGCGCCGGCGGGAGAGGCGGAAGGGGCUUCAGGGUGGCGCCUGGCCUCAGGCAGUGAGGCAGACGCUUUGGUAGAUCGAGAAGAAUCUCGCCAGGGAGAAAGCGAGUUUUCCUGCUCGCCGAUGCACCGACGGAGCAACAGCUACGGCGCCUUGGCUUCGCGCCUCGCACUCGCGGAGGACGACCUCCGGGCAGAGGAAAUCCGCCUGGAUGAGCGAAUCAAGGCCCUACAAACCAGCAGCGACCCUGAGAGCUAUCUGUCUCUCUUUGGAGACAGAGAGACGGAAAAGGGACAGUGCACUGAAGCUGGAGCCGCGACCGUUUCGGACGCAGGGCGCGGGGCGGCUUCCGAGGCUCGUCUUCCUUUCUCGUGUGUCGCUCGGGGCCGUGAAGACGCCGCGGCUUCGCGCCUCUCAACGGAAGGAAGGGGUUUUCAGGCUGAGUUCUCUCACGGGCCUUCUUCUGGCGAAACUGACCCAGUCUGCACUCGCGUCCAAGGCAAGAAGAAGUGCGACCAGAGAAGAAGAGAGAGAGAGCGCGCUUUUUCGAGGACCAGCGUCGAGCGAGAAGACGCGAGGGAAGGGCGGUCGCUCGCGAUAGGCGUGGGAGAAGAGACAGCAGAGACAGCACGCGAGACAACCCCGAAUCUGCAGGCACGAGACAGUCCGUUGUGUCUCGGAUAUGAGCUGGGCGACGAUCGUGCGUGCCUCGAGGCAGCGGACGAGGAUGCGGAAAAAGAAACCGCGCGGCCUACAGCGCGGGAACAUGACGAGGGAGAAGACCCGAAAGGACCGGAGAGGAAGACGAGGGAGGGACAGAACGUUGACCGCGAGGCGGGGAGCUUAGGAGAGAUGUCGUCUGUCGCCUUAUUGGCGGAAGAGAGAAAGACGAUUUUGCGAGUUCCGGAAGCUCGCCUGCAGGCUUCCGUUCCACAGCCGUGCGGGGAGGAGUCACGUGUCCUCGCGGGGGAGUCGUGUCCUUUUCAGGAGCCUGCCGGAAUCGUAGAAUCCCCCUCAGUCUCGUCCUCAGGGUUCUGCGUGUCGCCGCGCCCUCCGCCUCCUCACCUGUAUUUUGGCGCGGCUUCCUUCGCUUCGGCGGCACCGCUCGAACAAAGGAGUCUCCGCCCCGCGGAAGAAAAAGGGGUGAAAGAGACAGUCAGAAGCGCGAUUGACGCUCGUCCCAGUCCCCUGCUGGCGUCGCCAUUCCUGGGCGCAGGGCGGUUGGUGAGCACCGGAAAGAAGGGAGACACGGCCACGUGGGGCGGCGGAGAAGAGAGGCGCCGAGGAGACUCCGAGGGAAACGGAGACAGAGGGGGAAAAAAGGUUUCAAAGGGAACGGCAGGAGCCGUGGGGGUUCGAGAAGAGCCUGCGGAUGCAGACGACGCAACCCCAAGGAAGGAGGGACACGCCUGCGAGAAGGAGCACACGUUGGAAGCAACGCGAAGCAAGAACGAGGAAGACGCGUGUCCAAUUUCGCUCCUGUCCUCGUUGCAGCGGAGGAAAGAAGCCUGGGACGCGGCCCCAGCGGGGGACGGGGCCGGAGCGCUCGUCUCAAAGCACGGCCAUGAAGAAAACGGAAGAGAGAGAGACGCGACGACCGACGGGCAACAGAGAGAAGACGCAAAGGAAGCAGAGCGAGGCGUUGGUCCUCGAGAGAGGGAAGAACCGAAGAACUUUGGGGGGGUUUACGCGGGCGACGUCGAACGGCCAGGUUGCGGCAGCGGGACCGUGCGCAAGAGCCGAGAUACGGCAGAGAAAGGAGAGAGACUAUCUGGAAGACAGAGACCAGGAGAGAACACAGAUGCAUCUUUACGUUACCGAAGAAGUAGUCUGCUUCUGUCUCAGGCAGAAACACGCCGCGAGAAAGACUGGAGUCCGCGCGUGGUUCCUCUCCCGGUCGCUUCGCUCGCCCCGGCACCUGAUUUGUGUCUCCCGCUCGUCCGUUCGUCCUCGAAUCUCGACGCAUCCUCUCUUUCGUCUUUCUCGCCGUCCUCGUCGUCGUUUCCUCGUCGUGGGCGUGUCCUAUUUCCAGUGGAACUUGGAGAAGAGAGCGACAGGCAGCCACCCAAAAGCAGCUGUUCCUUCUCGAGGCAUCCCGAUUCGCGGCUGACGGCGCGCGUCUCCCACUCGCUCCCCUCUUCUAUUGCUGCGUCUUCACUCCCGCCGGAACCCUGCCCACGGACGCCGCCCGAGAGGGUACUCAACGCGUGUGUGUGUCCACUGUCUCUGCACGAGGCGGCAGAAGCGACGAGAGACAGGGACGCGCAUGCAGUUGGCCUCCAAGCAGGCGUGGAAGCCGAGCGAAAGAGAGAUGGGGAAUCCAGCAAACUGUCCUGCGCUGCCUCGCAUUCGCAACGCGCUUUCAAGGAAGAAAACGAACGGCAGACAGGCUCGUCUGUUGCGUCUUCCUCGAUCGCUGCCUUAUCAGGGGAGCGGACACCGGGGGUCAGAGGCGAGGAAGAGAGGACGGCGCGGGCCGCUACAGCCGAGAAGCUGCGCGGCGGGUUUCCGGUCUUUCUCGUCCGGUACGAUGAUGGAGACAAAGAGCAGCCCGAAGUGAGAGGCGCAGAAAGGGACGGGGCCUCAGGACGGCGCGGAGGUUUUCGCAACGCCUCUGUUCGGCACGGGGGGCGGCGCGAGAGCGCGAAAAGCGGAGGCUGA